CAGGUUUCACCACAGAGCAAAUUUUUUGGUUUUUUAGAGAAAAAAAAUUUUCCAAAAAAUAAGAAAAAGAAAAAAGAAAAAUCUCAAUCUGAAAAACACUAUAUUGAAUUUUUUUUUUUUAAUUUAGGGUUUUGGGUUUUUAACUUUAGUCUAAGUUCGGUGGUCAUCAAAUCCAACGGUGGUUGUUUAUCGUCUCUAACAAAAGAUCAGAAAAGAAAAAUGCCUCGCGCAUCAAAGAGAAAAGCGGCCCCACUCCGCUCCCCCUCCGUCACAUCAGCUGCUGACAAUCGUGCUGGUAAGGCCAAAUCGAAGGAGAUUGAGCGGAUAGAUAACCUAUUUGUUUUGUAUGCAAAUAACUCGUUAGGCAUGAUUGACCCGGAAGGAAUUGAGGCUUUGUGUUCAGACAUGAAAGUUCAACAUACUGAUGUUAGGAUUCUGAUGCUUGCAUGGAAGAUGAAUGCUCAAAAGCAGGGUUAUUUUACUCAAGAAGAGUGGCGGACAGGGUUGAAGGCUCUUCAUGCUGAUAAUCUCAACAAAUUAAAGAAAGCACUCCCUGAGUUGGAGAAAGAGGUGGGCACACCAGCAAACUUCGAGGAUUUCUAUUCUUUUGCAUUUCGAUAUUGCCUAACAGAAGAGAAGCAAAAAAGUGUAGACAUUGAGAGCAUUUGUGAAUUGUUGGAUCUUGUACUUGGUUCCCAAUUCCGAGCCGAGGUUGAUUCAUUAAUUGAGUAUCUAAAGAUCCAGAGUGAUUACAAGGUGAUAAACUGGGACCAAUGGAUGAAUUUUCUUCGAUUUUUCAAGGAGAUAAGGUUUCCAGAUUUUGAAAAGUAUGAUGCAACACAAGCUUGGCCCUUGAUCUUAGACAAUUUUGUUGACUGGAUGAAAGAAAAGCAUAGUUAGUUUCAGCAAUCCUUAGACCAUUAUGGUCCCCUGUUAUAGGGUAAAAUUCUGAUACAGUAAGGGGUUCGCCAUAAACCUAACGAAAAGAGCGAUUUUUUUCCUUUUCGAUAAAACCACUGAUACCAGGAAUACUCGUGCUGGGCUCUCGAGACAUAUACAUUAUAUGAUUGUUUUGACAAAAUUUUAUGUCAUUGUUCUAUUAUCUGCUUCAUGUUUUGCCGAAAUGUAGUAGUAAAGGGUAUUCAUAUUCAAGCCGUCUGUCAUAUUUUAAUUUGGAAGAGUAUUAUCAACUUCAGAUGGAAAAAGGCCUGCAACAUUUCAAGUGCAUUAUGUUUAUAGAUUCUGCAAUUACUGUC